AUGAGGAUUAUGAGAAUAAUAGUAUUAGUAGUGUGGCUUCUUUUCUUGCUUACCACCGCUGCUCAUGUACGGUGUGAUGAUGGUGAUCGAGGCAGUCAGUGCAUAGAGAAGGAGAAAGAGGCUCUCCUCAGCUUUAAGAGAGUUGCUGAUCCAGGUAACCUUCUCCCUUGGGCAACUGAUAGUUCCAACCAAAACUUUUGUAACUGGGAAGAAAUCACUUGUGAUGGCCAAACCAAUCAUGUCGUUGCUAUUGAUUAUGCUGGUUAUAGGGGAGAACUAGGUUGUGAGAUUGGUUGCUCCUUGGUUGAGCUGCACUACUUGAAUUACUUGAGUCUAUCUCGCAAUGACUUUACUCGAAUUCCCAAGUGUAUUGGUUCUUUCAAACUUCUCACCCUUCUUGACCUUUCAGGUAAUCCAAUUAGUGGUGUUAUUCCCUCUGAGCUUGGAAAUCUUACCAAAUUGCAGUAUCUUGUUCUUUCUUAUAAUGAUAGUAUAUAUGUUGCUAGUCUUGAGUGGCUCUCUCGUCUCACUUCUUUGAAGACCUUUGCAUUGCUUGAGGCCAAUUUUACUAAAGCAGGGCUUCAAUCAUUUAGAGUGCCACCUUUCUUAUCAGACUUUAACAUCAUAGAUGGUUUAUUUCCAGAUUCCAUUAGAGGAAAAAAAUCUUUGUCAAAAGUUGAUUUGUCUGGAAACAUAGCUGAACUUGAAAAUGGAGUACUAAAGUCCUUGGGGAAUCUUUCCAGCAUGCACUUCUUAGAUUUAUCUGAAAACAACCUUAGUGGUACCUUACAUAAUGUUUUAGAAAAUCUAGCAUGUUCUGCCAAGAAUUCAUUUGAGACUUUAUCUUUAAAUGACAACCAACUUAGUGGGUCAAUUCUUGAGGAUGCUGAAAACACAUUCCCAUAUCUGAAAGUGCUAGAUCUUGCUUAUAAUCGGUUGGAAGGUACUUUUCCUAGCCACUUGAGUCAAUUUCCAAGUCUUGAAACAUUGCAUUUGUAUGACAACCAACUCACAGGACCAUUACCUGAUCUUUCAUCAAUGCUAAACUUGACAUAUUUUUAUGCAAGUAACAAUAGGUUUAAUGGUACUUCAACUGAGAGUAUUAUUGGUGGCCUUUCUCAUCUUGAGUUUUUAGAUGUCUCUUCAAACUCUCUAGUUGGGGUUAUCUCCGAAGUGAACCUAAUUAAGUAUCCCAAAUUGGAGAGUCUAUCUUUUUCCUAUAACUCAGAUUUGAGAUUGAAAUUCAACUCCAAUUGGGUUCCUCCAUUUCAAUUGAAAACCAUAUUACUCGCAUCUUGCAAGUUAGGUCCACAAUUUCCAGUUGGCUACAAACUCAAUCACAACUCAUCGAUCUUGACAUUUCAGAUAAUGAUAUUUCUAGUGUUGUUCCCAAUUGGUGCUGAUACUACAGUAGUUGAUUUGAGUUUCAAUCAAUUCCAUGGUUCUAUUCCAUCUUCUCUCUCCAAUGCAUCCAAUUUAAAUCUCUCCCAUAAUAAUUUCACUAGUUGCAGCUUCUUUCUAUGUGAAGCAAAAGAUGCGGCAACAGUAAUUCUUGACAUGUCCAAUAAUCAAUUAUUCGGAAGCCUUCUUGAUUGUUGGGGGAAUUUCAACAGCAAUCUAAAUAUUCUGAAGUUAGAUUACAAUGACUUCUCAAGAGAGAUCCCAAGUUCCAUUGGAAGUUUGACAAAUAUUCAAUUUCUACAAUUGGGGAACAAUAACUUUUCAGGAGCUUUGCCUUCUACAUUGGAGAACUGUACUAAUCUGCGAGCUUUGGAUUUUGGAUGGAAUAGUUUGGAAGGAACAAUACCGCCAUGGAUUGGUACCAAGAUUGGGGUGAAUUUCACAACAAUGGUCCACUCAGUUUAUACAGGUACCAAGAUUGGGGUGAGUUUCACAAUAAUGGUCCACUCAGUUUAUACAGGUACCAAGAUAGAAUCUCCAAGUCUUUCAUCAAAAAUUAUUUGGAAAGGAGUAGAAUAUAAAUAUCAAAGUAUUCUUGGUUUGUUAAGACUUGUUGAUCUAUCGAGUAAUAAAUUGACUGGAGAGAUUCCAGCUGAACUGACGGGUCUUGUGGAAUUGACUCAGUUAAACCUAUCACGGAACGAGUUGAGUGGAGACAUUCCUGAAAAUAUUGGGAACUUGGGAAAGUUGGACUCUUUGGACUUGUCUCAUAACAAGCUUUCUGGUAAAAUUCCCAAAAGCUUGGCGGAAUUAUCUCCUCUGGAUCAUUUGGAUUUGUCAAACAACCAAUUGUCAGGAAAAAUCCCUACAAACAAUCAACUACAAAGUUUCAAUGCUUCUGCAUAUACAUUGAACCAUGGACUCUAUGGGCCUCCUCUAACCGAUUGGCAUGAAAGUGGAACUUCACCAAAUGGUUUUUUGGCUUCAACUCAUGAUCAAGAAGAUGAAACAUGGUUUAACUUGUCGUGGUUUUAUAAAGGGAUUGGGGUUGGAUUCACUAUUGGAUUUUGUGGAGUCUGUAUCAAUUUUGUGAUAAUAAACUAUUAUUGGAGAAAUUCUUACUUUAUGUUCAUGGCGUAA